AUGAUGGCUUCAGACGAUGGAAUUGGUCCCCGCAAGAGGCGCAAGACCAGUCCUCCAGGGACCGUACCUUAUUUGUUACAUUCCCUCUUCGAGGACGUGCCAUUAGCGACUGAGCAUAGCUCCGAUGUCUACAUCACCUGUGUUGAAUACUGGAAUGAAAAUCUAUACAUCGGCACCUCUGCAGCCGAGAUCUUGCACUUCGUUUGCCUCCCGCCAGCAUCCCCAGACGAAGCCGCCGAGCCUACCUUUAUAUUGGCAUCCCGAUUACCGAUCCUAUUCGCCCAGAGUCCCCCAGCGGGCAGUGAUCAAGAAGGUGUUCGACAAAUAGUUGUCUUAUCCUCAGUGAAUAAGGCAUGUGUCCUCUGCAAUGGCACUGUUACAUUCUACAUGCUGCCGGAGCUCAGCCCGGCUUUUGGAGCCACAAAGGUCAAUAACUGCCGCUGGAUCGGUGGGUUGGAUCUCAACUGGGAUACAGAGGAAGGCGAGGAUCCGACUAUCAUGAUUGCUGUGCAGAACAGGAUCAUGCUGGUCCAGAUUGGGGAUGAGGCGCGACGGAUUAAGAAGAUCGAGUUUCCUGGUUGCUUAACUGCGGCGCGACGAGGAACGAUCGCAUGUGCUGCGGAUACACAUUCAUACUCAUUACUUGAAGUGGCGCACCAGCAGAAGAUUCCGCUCUUCCCAAUAUCCUCUUCGAAUGAGGUCUUUGAGUCGGGGCACGUGGAAGAUAUGAACCCAGCACCACGAACUCCGCUCAAACGUUCACCCUCUUCCUCUUACCCUACCUCCCCACCGAGUGAUGCUUCAGGACAUGGCAGAAGCACUAGUUUGAAUACCUUUGUGGGAAUGCUCUCACCACAGGCACAAGCGGCCCAGUUAGAUAGAUCGCCGUCAGGGACGCCUGAUCCUUUCACAUCUACCGGGGAACCCAGAAGAUCAAGCUCGGAGGAGCGAGAGGGGAAGAGCUCCCCCAAGCCCCCCAGUGACCAAGAGCCAGACAAUACGUCUCCCACAAACGACAGCUUGAAGCCCUUACCACCUCUACCUCCGCCAACAAAGGAAGGCUCGAAGCGUCUCCAGCCUCAUGUGGUGUCCCCAACGCCUUCUGAGUUUCUACUUGUGACCGGAACCGAGGAAACAGAACCGGGCGUUGGAAUGUUUGUCGACAUGGACGGUGAAGUUGUUCGGGGCACAAUCAACUUUCACAGAUUCCCAAAGUCGGUUGUGAUUGAUACAAACGAGAAUGACGAAAUGUUCCAGGCUAGUGAAGAGGCUAAAGAGGAGUUUGUUCUCGCUGUAAUCGAAGACGAAGACGCUGGGAAGUCUCGAACAAGACUUGAAAUCCAACGUUGGGACGACGACCCAGGGGAGAUUGAGCGGACCAAGAGUUGGUUGGAGAUACCAUCUCCUGAAGAGACACAACCUACUCAAGUCGGCCUCCGACAUACCCUCAGCCCUAGCCAUCUUGAGCUCAACAAAAUCGGGCAGCUCUUGCGGAUGGUCCGCCUCAAAAGCCCCACGCUGCCCCCGCAUGUGUCAGUAGCAGAUUCAAGAACCCAGGCAUCUAUCGAGCACUCCCAAAAGGAGAAAGAGCUGUUCGAUUUACCAGAAUUAACCGACUCGGAGGGUUCCAAAAAAGGCGACGGUUCAGCAAGCCAGGGCUGGGAGACUCAACGCGAUGCAGAAGAGGCAAAAUUUGCACAUGGAUUGGGCAAAGUCCAAAGCAGUCUUGUCAUGUGGUCUGGAUCUCAAAUAUGGCGCGUACUGCAGAAUCCAUUGAUAGUCCAGCUGGAGGAUACCUUGCAAAGGGCCCAGGAGACGGAAGAGAGCGAGCAUACGGUGCUGCGUAGGGAUGUCAUUCUGGAUCUGCUGCUCUCCGUCCAGGACACCGAGCCAAAGACCGAGGCCGAGUUCAUUGGAUUGAGCUAUGUGAAACAAAAGGCCAGCCUUAUGCUUUACGGAGAUCUUCUCUCCAUGCAGCCUGACGACCGCAAUGCCACAGCAAUCGAUGGCACCGAAAAAGCGCUACUGGCAGGUAACCUCGACCCGCGUUUGGCAUUGCUGUUUAUUCCUCUGUUACGAUGUGAGGUUUUGCAGGGGCCUCAGGGUAUAUGGAUACACGCUGGGCUGGCAAGCAUGGCGGAAAAAUAUAUUGAACAGGUCGGAAAGAUAGGCGUUGAAUCCUCUGGAUUGGAUGCUUCUCGCAGUCCUGUUCUCAACAUGGUGAAACGGUUCCUUCUCUCCUGGCAGCAGAAGCGGGGAUAUGGUAGUAUCACCGAUGAGACAUAUGUUUUGGAUAGCACAGAUGCCGCGCUGUUGCACCUGACCUUGGAACAGGAUGCCUACCUGACUCGAGAUCAGCGAGCAGCGUCGCCAAUUCGCCCUGAGUUGAAUAGGCUGGUCGACAAUUGGAAAGGCAAUUUCGACCGAGCAGUGAUGCUCUUGGAAACAUACAAGCGGCUCUAUGUGCUAAGCCGUUUAUACCAAAGCCAAAAGAUGUCUCGAAAUGUCCUCAAAACAUGGCGACGAAUCGUCGAUGGGGAGACUGACGCUGGUGGAGAGGUCUCCGCAAAUGGCGUGGAGACGCAGAUGCGCAGGUACUUGGUCAAGAUCAAGGACGUUCAGCUGGUCGAAGAGUAUGGCUCUUGGCUGGCUGAGCGAAACCCCAGUCUGGGCAUCCAGGUAUUCGCAGACAAUGCCAGCCGUGUUAGACUGGAACCGGCGGAUGUUGUUGCUUUACUCAAGGAGCGAGCUCCAAAUGCGGUCCAGGUCUACCUAGAGCACCUGGUAUUUGCAAAGAAUUACACGCAAUAUGCCGACGACCUGAUCUCAUACUACUUAGACACGGUACUCUCCGUACUCGAGUCAUCCCCCGAAGCACGAACUUCUUUAGCCGAGUCCUACUCAACCUAUCGAGCCCUGCGUGCCCCCAAACCGACAUACCUAAACUUCAUAACCGAAAACACCCCCGCAGAGCCCUGGUGGCAGUCCCGACUCCGGUUACUUCAGCUGCUGGGUGGAAUCUCCAGCUCCCAAUUCACCUCCCAACCCCUCCCAACAGGAAUCAGCUACUCAAUCCCCAACGUCCUCACCCGCAUCGAGCCAUUCCAGAACGAGCUAGUCUCGGAAUGCAUUAUCCUCGACGGCCUACAAGGCCACCACGGACCGGCCCUCCGUCUCCUCACACACGGGCUAGGCGACUACGACUCCGCAAUCCGCUACUGUCUCUUCGGCGGCCCGCGCAGCUCUUCUUCCUCUUCAACAGGCACCCCGCCAGAACUAGCAGACUACACCCUACAGUCAACGCUCUUCCGCCACCUACUCGACGAGUUCCUGCACAUUGAGGAUCUGUCAGACCGCAUCGAGCGUACAAGCGAUCUCCUCGCGCGCUUCGCUGCAUGGUUCGAUGUCCGUGAAGUCCUCGAUCUUGUUCCGGAGGACUGGAGCGUUGAUAUUCUCGGCGGCUUCUUCGUGCACGUUUUCCGCACCCUUGUAUCGCAGACUCGCGAGACGCGCAUCGAGCGUGCCCUUAGCGCGGGUCUGAAUCUGCGCAUUGGUGCCGAGUAUAUCGAUGGUAUGGAGAAGGUCGGGCCCUGGGUCGAGGAGGAAGAGGGUGUGAGAAGGUUGAAGGAUGCAGAGCCGCGGCAGGUUUCCUUGCCAACUGAUGACCCCAGUGAUGGUGCUUCUGAUGACUCUGCUGAGUUUGGAGAUACGGUGGGGCCUACAUCUGGGGAAGUGGGCCAGUAGAUCGGUGAUCAGGGGGAGUAUACAGGAUUGUGAAUAUGUUAUGUUGGCUUUUAAUCUAUGAUACCUACGCAGUUUGCU